AUGAGUGUCGUCGUAGAUGACACGGACCCGCGGAUCGUCUAUUCUGCAGGCUGGAGUGUGACGACUACCGGAGGUGUGGUCGGAGGCGGAAAGCAUGGCGCCACGACUGCUGGACUCACUGCUUCGUUUACCUUCACCGGAACACAUGUCGCUGUCUGGGGUCUCGUGGGCUCCAACGAUGUACAAGGUUGGCCGAGCACGACAUACACCAUCGAUGGGAACCUCCUUGGGACGUACAAUGCUCCCCGAGUCGAUCCGCCCCACUUCCUCCUCAAUGUAUCGUACUUUUCAUCUACGACGCUCGAUCCUGGGCAACACACGCUCAAAAUCACGAACACCAAUGGCACGGCGCCAAACGUGUACUGGCUCGACUUCAUUACCUUUAUACCAGCGCAAGUGCAGACGUCCCAGCCCCCUCCGACAUCUUUACCGCCGCCAUCCAGCGCAAGCUCACCGGCCUCCACCCCUUCUUCGCAUUCUGAAGCUGCAACAACAACCCAACCGACGUCAACCUCGACAACUUCGUCAAGCACCACAAGAAUUACCACUACCGGGAGUGAUGGAUUCCUUACGAGCACGUCCAUCCAGGUCCCAGCCUCGACCAUGAACUCGACAGGUGAUAGCCCAACCUCUCAAACUACCAGGGGGGCCGAUUCUGCAACCGUCGGAGCGAGCACACACUCGACGAACACGGGCGCUAUCGCCGGAGGGGUCGUCGCCGGCAUCGCCAUCAUCGCCAUCAUGGUCGUGCUCAUCGUCUUCCUCCGGAGACGUCGGACUCCGCGUCCGGAUCGUCGGGAGGUCCUAGUCGAGGACAUGUCGCAGCCGCGGCCGUUCGGCGCGUUCGCGUCCGCGCCAACCAGGCCGUCGAAGUCGGCUACCUCCCCUCUCCCCGUCUCUCGUCCGUCUGAAGCAACUCCUGCGUCCUCCAGUACCGCGGGCUCGCACGCGCCUUUCCGAGAUCAGACGCCAUCAGUUGGUUUCCCCUCAGAGCGGAUGACUUUCGAGUCCAACGUGACCUUAUUUUUUCUCGGGCGGCUCUACCAGGACAACCACGAGCUCACGACCACGAACAUGAGCGAGACGAGGCCGAACAUCUUCUGGCUCUAUUUCCUCUGGCCAGUACACUCCGCUCGAUUCAACGACAGCCACGACAGCCUUCACCAUACCCGCCACUUCCUGCACACCGUCAUCAACACCAAUCAAAACCAAUCAGCACCGCUUACGGCUCUCCUUGCCCUCUUCUACCGACCAGCGCACCGUCCACUGCAGUUUCCGCCUCACGCGUCCCCGCCAUCGCGGGCGGCGCCGUCGGCGGACUCGUCGUUCGUCGCUCUCACCGCGUUGUACCACUCUCGCAACAGCAGCCGUGGCGUGGAGCUGCUCAUCAGAGAAGACGCACAGCCCGAUGCCACACCAUUUGGGAGCUUCCCUCCACCCACCCCUGCGCUGCGCGCGCCCGUCAUGCUGCCCCCGACUGCCGAUAGCCUCGGCCCCGGGAUCGGGCUCGAAACCGUAUCACCCUCCUCUCCCCCUCUGACCGUGCGUCCUACCCCUCUCCGCACUCCACGGCGAUGUCCCUCGCCCUUGUCCGGCUUCGCGCACGCGUAA